CGUAAAAGCGGUGUUGUGAAACGUAGUGAUGCUUCGCUGUUGUGUUUUAAACCGCUACUGGACAGAGAAAAUACAUUGGGGAUUUUUAAUAAAGGAGUAAUUAAGAGCGAUCAGAAACGAGAAGAAUAAUAGUAUUUUCACAGUUAAGCAGCCAUGGUCCGAGAGAGGGUGGAGAAGAAGUCCUUCCAGGAGAGCCUGGCGGACAUCAAGGAGAAGAUGAAGGAGAAAAGAAACAAGCGACUGGCCAGCGCUACCACGGGGAAAAAAGCAAUAGCAGCCAUGCUUAAAACCCAGAUCAUAAAUACCUCUUCAUUCAUGCUGAAAGUUCAGACUAACAAUAAGGCAUUGGCGUUGGCUGUGCAAACAGAGAAAGAAAAAGUGAGACAAGCUCAAGAUCUCAUAUUGCAUAUGAAGAAGGAGCAGCAGGCUAUGAUAUUUCACAUACUGAUGUUGAAAAGAAAACUCAAAGCUCAAGAAGCUCUGGACAGUGUACAGAGCGGUCCUAAACCUGACACAACCCAAACUGACAAGGAAUUGCACAAUUCUCCUUCGUCAAAGCCUCUGCUUAGGUGGGUUACUGUAACUGAUUCCACUGAUCCAAAAAGUCCCACAGAUGGAUUACAAAGUCAUUGUCCUGCAAAUAGAGAAAUGUCCAAUGAUGUACAUUGUGCUGAGAGUAAUGAUAGGAGUGUAAAGGGUGCGCUUCUGUUAAGAAACGUGACGUCCAGGCGACGAGGGCCUGACUGUCGAAGAGAUGCGUCUGCCGUUAGAGAGAGUGUAGAUGAGACACUUCAUGAAGUUGCUCCUGUAAUUGGAAAAGCUUGUGAAGGAAAAACCUCAGGAGCCAGUGUAGAAGAAAAAGUUAAUGUUAACCAUGAAACGAGAACUCCAGAAAGAGAGAAUGAAGCCAAGGAGACAAUGUUACAGGAAGACUUUGAUCUGGAACUGUUAUCCAUUGAGCCACGUGAUGCCAAACAUUCAACACCUGAGCUUCAUGGCAAGGUCUCUGUAUCCAAGGAAAAACAAGAUCCCAAGACUGGAAGAGGCAGAAAAGACAAAGCUGAUAGUAGAAUUCUUUUGAAAAAGCCAUGGGAUACUAAACAACCCAGAGCCAGGUCUAAAAGUAGAGAUAGAACUCAAACUAAACCUAAGAAUCUGCCCAAUGACCAAAUAAAUGUAUCAAUUGGAUCAAAUGAUGCCUAUGACUUCAAUUGUGAGGAGGUCAUUCACACAACACCUUUCCGGCCCAGUAACAAGCCUAAGGAGGAUGAGGAAGAUACUGCAGUGAGUGAGGCUGACCCUGGCUGGGCUUCUGAAGAGAGGAGUGACUCUGAGAGCAGUUCCUCAGAGGAUUUAGACUGCAGCGUCUACGAACCUGGCAGCAGAAAGGGAAGGAAGAACAGGCAAGAUUCAAGCCACCUCACAGAGAAAGCAGAAAUUCCUCCCAGAAGGCCCAGGUCCAAAAGGAGCUCUAUUGUGCAGUCCUGGCAGAGGUCUGGAAAAGAAAACAUAGAUGCUGGGUCAAAUGAAGUAAUAUCUUCUGUCGAUAAAGGACACAAAAAGCUAAAGAUUACAGCAACCCAAGCUCCCAAAAUGAAAGCUGAUUGCUGCCGUGAUGUGAACUUUUCUAUGGAUGUACGCCAAAAAACAGAGAAACCUAUAUAUGGAACUGAAGAGACUGAAAAAUGUCCAGCAGGUGAAGCCCUUUCUUUGCCAACCAGCCUUUGUGAUUUCACAAAUACUACCUCUGCUUUCUGUGAAAAAGAAUUUAAGAUACUCAGCACUCCCCUAAACAGCAAGACUGUAAAGCCUGCCACACCUGUUCGGAAGCGCAGAUGCACACUUGCUGUGUCCUACAAGGAACCCACUCUAAAUGCGAAACUGCGCAGAGGGGACAAAUUCACUGAUACUGAAUUUUUACAUUCACCAAUCUUCAAACAGGAAUGUAAGAGGAAAUCCAUAAAAUCAGAGAAGUUUGUGAAAUAUAACGAAUCAUUUGUUGGCUGCCGCCCUUAAUGUUAUGUGUUUUUUUUUUUUUUUUUUUUUAAGCCAUUUCAAAGAAUUCAUUGUUUUUUUUUCUGUACAGAAUUAACUUGUCAUACUCAAACUGUCCCCAUAAUAGACUGUAGAAAAUAUGAAUUAUUUUUAAAUGAAAGGAAAGGUUGGCAUAUUGGUAUUUUCUUUUGGAGAGUAAUUCCACAGAUUAAAUUUAUCUCCACCCAAUACAAUAUUAAGCAGUGUAUUCUGUAGUAAUGAUGAUCUUACCCUUGUAUGUUUCAAAUAAUGGAUUGGGAGUGAGGUUGUAGUGUAGUUUAUAUUUGACUAUUGGAGGUAGACAAAGGUAGCUCUAAAAUACUGAAUUGUUUGUAUAUUUGUUUGGUUGUUUUGAAGUGGUGAACGAUUCCUUCUGUAGCUGCAUUCCAGAGAACAAGGUGCUGCUGUUAUAUAGUCGUGGGUGGAGUUAAAAUGUUUAAAUUAUGAGCUCCAGAAAUCCAUUUCAUUGAUAUGUAGACUGCUUAAAUGAUGUGCUCUCAGUAGCUUAUACGGGUCCUGUCUUGGUUUAUUAUUGUAUAUUAGGGAAGCACUGUGCUCACUAUUGGCCAUAGUGGACAGUGAUAACCUGUGGCAAGGUAUUUCAGUGUACAAUACCUUUUGCACCCUUUCUGUUUAAUCCCCAAGCUUCCUGUACUCUCACAGCAUGUAGCAUAGAACUGCCUCCCACAGCAAUGACCAUGCAUAGUGUUAACAAAAUGAUUGGGGCAAAUUACAAGCGUGGUUAUUACAUAUGCUGACUUUCAGAGAUUUUACUAAAAUUAUACAAGAUAUUGACUCCUUUCUCAAUGUGUAAAAUAAUAAGAGUAAAAAAGCAAAACAAUACCAUUUAUAAAUGUAGUCUGUUAACAAGAAUGUAUUGUUCUGAUUAUUCUAAUAAACCAUACUAUAAAAUCUGCAAACAUUUUAAAGCAAAUGU